AGGUUCUUCUUCCCGUACCGUCCCUCCCUCAGCGGUACCAAGCUGUACUACAGCUAUGACGUGGCGGGGGCGCACGUGGUCAUGCUGGGAUCCUAUGUGGCCUACGACCAGGCCUCCCCGCAGUACGCCUGGCUCCUGCGCGACCUGGCCGCCGUCGACCGCUCCCGCACGCCCUGGGUGGUGGCGGUGCAGCACGCGCCCUGGUACAACUCCAACUACGCGCACCAGGGCGAGGGGGACGAGAUGCGGGACAGCAUGGAGGCGCUGCUGUACGAGCACGGCGUGGACUUCAUCUUCUCGGGU